AUGCCCAACGCCUCUUCCUGGAGUGCUAGCUCGCCUCUGCUGCUGCUCUGGGAGGACUCCUCCGGGACCCGCAUCUUCCUGUCUCUGCUCUAUGCAGUCUUGGCUAUCUCAGGGACUUUAUCCAAUGUGAUGGUCAUCUAUUUAGUCUUCUCCUUCAAGAAGCUGCAGACAACCAGUAACGCCUUCAUUGUGAAUGGCUGUGCGGCAGACCUAAGCGUGUGCGCCUUGUGGAUGCCCCAGGAGGCUGUGCUGGGGCUGCUGCCUCCCAACUCCUCCUCUCUUCGCUCGGCGGAGUACCGGCUGCUCCGAGGGGGGCUCCUCGGCUUCGGCCUCACCGUCUCCCUGGCCUCUCACCUGCUGGUGGCCUUCAACAGGUACGUGCUCAUCACCAAGCUGCCCAGCGUGUACCAGGCCCUCUACCAGCGGAAACACACGGGCUGCAUGAUCGGGCUCUCCUGGGCCCUUGCCCUGCUCCUGGUCCCGCUGCU